UUUACUGUAAGCUCAGAGAGAGGGUUAGAGUGAGCGUGAUAAGACGAGUGUGAGUGAGAGAAAUCGCAAAGGUAAAGAGAGAUUUAUCUGAACGUGAGAGACGAACUGACUGUGACUGACUCAACAUUAUCUCAACAGACGCAUCACUUGAAAAGCCAUAGGAUACUGAAAAGACAGAGAUGAGGGCUGUGGCAGUCACCCUCUGGGCCGUGGCUGCGUUAAUGGGAGUCCAUCAGAGCACCCCCUCCUCCUCAGAAAUCCAGACCCUUAUUGUCAACCUCUCCUCCAGAAACAUAUCUGCUGUUCCCAGAAACCUACCUCCAUGCACCGAAGCCCUGGACCUCUCCCAGAACAACAUACACAAACUUGGCCGUGAGGAUUUCCAAGUCACAACUCACCUGAGAUUCCUCAACUUGUCUUGGAAUGUCUUGGAGGAUAUCGAUCCGGAGACGUUUCAUCCCACUCCGCUCCUGGAGAGUCUGGACCUCUCACACAACCAGCUCCAGAACUUAUCUGAUCAACGGUACUUGCUGUUAGCGUUGAACCUCAGAGACCUAGAUCUGACCUUUAACAUGUUCCACACCAUGACCCUGGGGGUGGAGUUCCACAGCCUGACGAAGCUGGAGAGACUGGGGCUCGGAGCAAAAAUCAUCAGGGUGGAGGAUUUCAUCAACAUCACUGACGUACACCUGCAAACUUUGACCCUUCGUCUGGAGAAUCUCACAGCCUAUGACAGUGGCAGCCUGAGUGACGUCCAGGCGGAGAAGGUCAGCAUCGGCCUGACGAACAAACCCACCGAUCGAAAUCUGAUCGCAGACGCCCUGUUGAUGUUCAACGAGGUUGAGCUGAUGGGUAUGAACAUCAAUGGCUUGGUAGCCAGUUACGUGGUGGAACUUGUGAAGGAGAGAAGGGCAGUCAACACCACACAUCUUUACCUGACAAAUAUGGCCAUCACCUGGAAGCACCUGACAAACACCAUAAACGCUGUGUUCGAAUCCCCCAUCAUCCACCUGAGCACUUCAGACGUGGCCAUCCACAUUCCACCUGUGAGUGACACCCCAGGAAGAAACACGUCCCACACUAAAUCCUUCUCUGCCAGGCGAGCGGGGGUGGUUAGCUUUUUCUUCUCCCUGGAAGUCCUCUGUAACUUCUUCAUCAACAUGCCGGUGGAGCGCCUGGCGAUGACUGAGACAUCCAUCAUACACAUGACCUGCCCCAAGUUGCCCAGUGGGAUACUGCAGCUAGACUUCUCAGAUUGUGCCUUGGCUGAUACGGUCUUCUCCAGAGUAGAACAGCAAAUCACUGUAGAGUGCACAACCCUGAAUAAAGUAAACAUCCUGGUUCUGAGAGGGAACAACCUCAGGUCCCUUCAAACCCUGAGCAAGAGGGUCCAGAACAUGAUCUCUCUGCGUCACCUGGACCUCAGCCUCAACUCGUUGGUUUACAGCGGCCAGGAAUGCCACUGGCCACCGAACAUUGUCCACCUGAACCUAUCCUCCAAUGGGCUGAGUGAGUCGGUAUUUAGCUGUCUGCCGAAUGGCACCGUCAGCCUGGACCUCCAGAACAACCAGAUCUCCACUGUACCAGAGACCCUGCUGGCCCUGGACUCCCUCCUGGCUCUGGACCUGAGUGCCAACCGGCUGAGGGACCUCCCGGUGUGCGCUGGAUUCCCACACCUUAAGUAUCUCCUUCUCAGGGAAAACUCCCUCCAUGCCCCAUCUGUGAGAGUUCUGGAAACUUGCCCUGUUCUACAGGUUCUAGAUGCCAGCCGAAACCCCUUCACCUGUACGUGUGGCCUGAGGGGCUUCAGCGAUCUGGGUGCUGGGACUGGCCUGGGCAGCGGACACCCUGCAAUCCAACUUCUCCACUGGCCAGGAGCCUAUCGCUGCAGCUAUCCCGAAGCCUGGAGGAACUCCACACUGGAGGGCUUCCAGAUCCCUGAGAUCUCCUGCAAUGUCGGCCUGCUGGCAAUGGCCAUCUUGUGCCCGGCAGUGGCUGUUAUCAUUGUUAUGGUGACUCUGUGUCACCACCUGGACAUUCCAUGGUACCUGGGCAUGAUCCGGCAGUGGACCCGGGCAAAGCACCGUGCCAGGACCCAGCAGGUCCGGCCCGAGGAACUGGAGGGGGUGGUGUUCCACGCCUUUGUGUCCUACAGCCAGCAUGAUGCAGAUUGGGUCAAGGGCCAGCUCUUGCCUAAUCUGGAAGGCUCCGGCGGGGGCCUCCACAUCUGCCGCCAUGAGAGGGACUUCGUCCCGGGGAAGACGAUCGUGGAGAACAUCAUCCAAUGCGUGGAGAGGAGCCGGCGCUGUGUGUUUGUCCUCUCUCGCCACUUCGUCCGGAGCGAGUGGUGCCACUAUGAGCUCUACUUUGCCAGCCACCAGCGGUUGACCCGAGGGUCUGACAGUGUGAUCCUGGUGCUCCUGGAGCCUCUGCCUCAGUACAUGAUCCCUUCCAAGUACUAUCAGCUAAAGGCCAUGAUGGGCAGACACACCUAUCUGGAGUGGCCCCAGGACAGGGGCAAGCACAGGCUGUUCUGGGCCAAUCUCAGGGCUGCACUGCAGGCUGACCUGCCCACUGCACCUGUACGAGACGACGUGGAUGAGUGAGAGGGAGAGAGAAAAUAAGAUAAAUUGGGGUAGAAAAAUAUUGAUAUAUUUCUUUAAUGUUAUCUAGAAAUAUCAAAAAUACUCUCACAUUUGUCAACUUUCCAACAAUCUCACAAUUAUUUAGAACGUCUUUUUGUUCUAUACACUUCAUAAAAUGCUGCCUGAUG